UGCGCCCUUGAAAUGCAAACGAAAGGUCUAGUAAAAACAAACCCCUGAUUUUUAGCAUAAAAACAUGAAUCCAAAAGGUGAAAAUGGUACCAAUCCAGAUUUCAAAGACAAAAUUGACAAACAAAACGAAAAGUUUCAGUCUCCUGGUUGGAGAAAGUUACCGAGUACAUCUGCAUUUAGAGCGAUCAACUUCGAACUUUACGCAAAACCAAAUGUAAUGGUUAUGGGACCUGGUACAUUGUUGUUUCUUGGUUGUAUCGGAUAUAUAAUUUACAUGAGGAUGAAUGAAGAUAAAAAUACAUACACAACAAUGAAUGAAGAUGGAACAUUAACGAAAAGACAACGAACCUCGAGAUGGGACUAAGCAAUGUAUUUAAAAUUGGAACUUUUUAUUGAAUAGAAAUAACGUCUUAACACCAUUCUCUAACUAAAGUUUGUGAAUUCUAUGUUUGUUGGGAAAUAGAUGCAUUACUGACUGUGUUUGAUUGUUUAUAUGUGAUAAUAAAUCAAAUUAUAUUGCA